AUGUCAGAACGCACUCACAAGCGCAAACGCAGCCUGCAGGACUCAACUGUCGAUAUUUCGAAGGUUAGGAUGGCGCUGAGCCAUCUAGAAGCCCUCCAGGAAGAGUUGGAUGGGAUCGAAGAAACGGAGGAAGAAUUGCACACCAUCUCGGAGCAUGUCUUUGCUCUGGAGAACAUACUAAAGGGUGCCAAGAAACCAAGGACCUCAAGAAGGCUGGUGUCAAGAGGAAACGUCUCAUUUUUUGAGCCCGCGAAAGUAACCGGGUUAACGAAUGGGCUGACAACGAGUGCAGAGGCCGAAAUUGCGGAUCUACAUUCCGGAAUGAAGAAGAUUUAUGCACGCGUCAACAUGGAUGUGCGUCGUUCCCGCAUGAUUCUUGACGCAAUACUGCUCACGUUGGCGGAGAUUUCCUCAACUAAUAAGACCGGCGUUGCCAUUCUUCCGGAGAUGAGGAUUGCGCAAGGAGAUGGGGUCCAAAUUUCUCACCCCGUCUCGGGAUGUGAAUUGUGGUUGAGUGGCAAUGUCGACUAUGCGGUUAUCAAGUACGAUGAUGUGAGGGACUACAAAGACCGCUUGCUCGCCCCUGGUGGAUCCAGAGAGGACGCAUUCGAGAUUGCAAAAGGCCGCCUGUUCCUAGUCAAGGCCAAGCGCCGGAGUCUCGAACAGAGCUUAGUCGCUUAUAUUCCGGAAGCCGUCAGCCAGGCUAUUGCAUUGCUGAAGUCCGCAAACCUUCCAGAGGUCCGUUUCUGUCUAUCUGAUGGGCAGACAUGGAUUUUCUUUAUCUUGAAGUCGGAAAACGGGAUACUGACAUACUAUGAAUCUGCAACACGCCGUCUAAGCAGAGAUGUUGUGGAGAACUCCGACCUGCCGUUACGCGAGAUUGUGCAGCUCGUUUGUGAAUGGCUGAGCCCCGCGGCAACUGAACUGUUUGCAUUAGAGUAG